CAUGCCACAUUUCAAGCAGAGCAUUCUCCCACCUCUCUUGCUGGUGACGGUUCUCUUCCUGUCAGUCCCAGCAUGUCAUGGAGGAAAAAUCCUGGUGGUUCCAGUGGAAGGAAGCCAUUGGGUGAACAUGGACAUCCUGAUAAGAGCUCUACACAGCCAAGGACACUCCAUCACUGUGCUGCGAACCACCAAGAGCUGGUACAUCAAAGAGGAGUCGCCUUAUUUCAACUCGAUCACAGUGACUGUCUCUAAGGGCUUUGAUGAGGAAUUUAUCAAGCCAAUCCUACAGAAACUCUUUGACAUAGAGAGGGGCAAGAGUUCUGUCAUGGCCUUCAUCAGUCUCCAACGCGAGGUGCUGGAUUUCAUGCCAAAGGCAGUUGAACAUGUGUGUGAAAUCGCAGAGGCCAUGUUUGAGGACCAGGCCUUCAUGAGGAGACUGAAUGAAAGUCAGUUUGACCUGAUACUCACAGACCCUGCAUUUGGAGCUGGUAUAAUGUUGGCUUACCAUCUUCACCUUCCGGUGGUGUACAAUGUUCGAUGGGUUGUAACAAUGGAGGGACACCUUACUCUGGCUCCAUCUCCUUUCUCCUACAUACCAGCAACAAGAUCAGGACUCACAGACACAAUGACCUUCUCACAGAGGGUCAAAAAUAUGAUUUUCCAUUUGUUGUCAAAUUUGCAGAACCAGCUUCAACUUAAACCACUGUACCAAGCUGUCUGUGAUAAGUACCUGAGUCCCAAAAUUGAUUUUUUUGACCUCUUGCAGACAGCGGAUUUAUGGCUGAUGAGAGUGGACUUUGUGUUUGAGUUCCCCCGCCCCACCAUGCCCAAUGUGGUCUACAUGGGUGGCUUCCAGUGCAAGCCAGCAAAGCCUCUUCCUCAAGACCUGGAGGACUUUGUGCAGAGCUCUGGAGAACAUGGUGUUAUCAUCAUGUCUUUGGGGACGUUUGUAAGUGAACUUCCGAGAGAUGUGACUGAGGAAAUAGCUGGAGCAUUUGCUGAACUGCCACAGAAAGUAAUCUGGAGGUACACAGGAGACAGACCCUCAGGCCUGGGGAACAACACCCUCAUGGUUGAUUGGAUGCCCCAAAAUGACCUCUUGGGACACCCCAAAACCAAACUCUUUGUCGCCCAUGGAGGAACUAACGGGGUACAUGAGGCUAUCUAUCAUGGGGUUCCCGUUGUAGGACUACCUCUAUUCUUUGACCAGUAUGAUAACCUACUUAGGCUGCAGAAACGAGGUGGUGCACAAAUCAUAACACUCUCCAUGCUAAACAAAGACAGCUUCCUCCAGGCCUUGCAGGAGGUGCUCCAUGUGCCGUCCUACAGGGAGAACAUGCAGAGACUCUCCAGGCUGCACAGAGACCAGCCCAUGGAGCCCCUGGACCGAGCCCUCUUCUGGAUCGAGUUUGUCAUGAGACACAAAGGUGCUGCUCACCUGCGCACAGAGUCCUACAAGAUGCCCUGGUACUCCUACCACUCCCUGGAUGUGAUGAUGUUCUUGCUUGCUGUUUUCUUCCUGAUGUUGUUCCUUAUGUUUUUUCUCAUAAGGUGUUCCUUAUAUCUGUGUGGCAAAAGUAAACGUAAAAAGGAUAAAAAAAAAUUGAUUUAAAAAAAAAAUAUAUACAGACACCGUUUACACUAUGAACAGGGUUGGCAAUUCCACUUAAUAAAAGCAACUUUGGCCUUCUUUUUUGAGCAAUCAUUUUAAAACUUUCAGUCACAGGUUGCAUUUUUUGGGCUUCUUUUUUCAGGGUUGGACUUGAUGUUUGCUUCUGCUCUGCCUGUGGUUUGAAUGUGUUUGGGUGUUUGGAUGUUUGAAACAUUGUGUUCCUCAAUGACAACACUGUUUUCCUCACUCACUCUAUAGCAGUGGUUCUCAACCUUUUUUGAACAAACGCCCCCUGGACCUCAUCCUAAGCCUCCCAACGACCCCUUGACCUCAUCAUUAGCCUGACCCCUUAGUGUUAAAAAAAAUGAAAUGGACAAAUGCCCCCAAUGACAACUAAGCACCGCCCCCUCUCAACUGUGUCCUUCUCAACGCCCCCAUAGGGCUCACCAAUGCCCCCAUGAGUGGCUGUAUCGCCCCCGUUGAGAAACACUACUCUAUAGUCUAUAUAAGAACAUUGGUGGGUCCCACUCUCUGUGUCUGCCUCAGUCACCUUCAAGGUCUCUGACAAGGUACCUGACUGACCCCCCCCCCCCCACACACACACACACACACUCCUCUUUUUGCUGUUGUUGUUUUUUUGUGUCUUCAAUCGCUUCUUUUCAGCUUGUUUUCAGGAUGCCAGUCACUUAUUUCUCUCUCAAAAUCUGGCAACACUGACUAUGAAGGACAGUGAGUCCGACUGCAUACCCUGGUACUUCUACCACUUCCUCCAUAGAGCCAAUUUUUUGCUAU